CUGGUGGUCUUCCUGCCUGCCCUGUGUCGCAAGAUGGGGGUCCCCUACUGCAUCAUCAAGGGAAAGGCCAGGCUGGGACGGCUGGUCCACAGGAAGACGUGCACCACUGUUGCCUUCACACAGGUUAACUCGGAAGACAAGGGUGCUCUGGCCAAGCUGGUGGAAGCUAUUAGGACCAAUUACAACUACAGAUAUGAUGAGAUCCGCCGCCACUGGGGAGGCAACGUCCUGGGUCCUAAAUCUGUGGCUCGAAUUGCCAAGCUGGAAAAGGCAAAGGCCAAAGAACUCGCCACUAAACUGGGUUAAAUGUACUGCUGAGUUUUCUGUACAUAAAUAUAAUUAUAAAA